AUGAAGUUUCACCUUCCAUCAACGGACAUAUCCCAUUGACUUUAAAAGCUCCAGCAUUAUUCACACGCUGAGACAAGGAAGAGAGUUUCCAAGUGGUUUCCUUGGACCAUGUAUGUUUCUGCUACUAUGUUUAUAUUCAUUUAAAUUUCUUCUGUUAAUUUGGCAUUUCCUAUGAUUGCACAGAAUGAAGGAUACUGUUGUUCGAUGUUGCACUAUUAUUUUUUUUCAUUUUUUUAUAGGCUUAAAAAGUAAAGGUCCAUUAUAAGUACUGCACAUCUCGAAAAGACGAGUACUUCACAUUUAGAUUGAAAACCAUACCCUUUCUCUUCCAAAUUGUGCUCCAUCAAAGACUGCAAUUGCCAUGGCAAUGGAAGCUCAGUCCCACAACCAACUCAAUGUCAUUUUUAUCCCAUAUCCAACUCCAGGCCAUAUGAACCCCAUGGUAGACACAGCAAGGCUAUUUGCCAAACAUGGCGUUAGUGCUACCAUCAUCACAACCCAUGCUAAUGCUUUAACAUUCCAAAAAGCAAUAAACAGUGACCUCAAUUGUGGAUACCCCAUCAAAACUCAACUGGUUCCAUUCCCUGCAGCCCAAGUUGGUCUCCCCGAAGGGGCUGAAAAUAUCAAAGAUGGUACUUCCCUAGAAAUGCUGCAAAAAAUCACUCAUGGAAUAUCAAUGCUCAAAGAUCAAAUCGAGUUUCUGAUUCUGGAUCUGAAACCGGAUUGUCUAGUCACUGAUAUGUUCUAUCCUUGGACCGUGGAAUCUGCUGCCAAACUAGGGAUUCCAAGGUUAUACUUUUACAGCUCAAGCUACUUCUCCAGCUGUGCCACUCAUUUUAUCAGGCAGCAAAACCCUCACGAGGGGUUGGAUUCUGAUACUCAGAAGUUUACAAUUCCUGGUUUGCCUCAAAAAAUAGAGAUGACCCCUCUUGAGCUAGAAGAAUGGAUAAGAGCAAAGAGUUUUGUGAGUGGCUUUUUUGAUCGAUUGUAUGAAUCUGAGAGCAAAAGCUAUGGGGCACUUUACAAUAGUUUUCAAGAACUAGAGAGUGAUUAUGAGCAACUUCAUAAGAGUACCAUCGGGAUUAAAUUAUGGAGUGUAGGGCCAGUUUCAGCCUGGGCUAACAAGGAUGAUGAGGAGAAGGUUAAUAGGGGACACAGGGAGGGCCUUGCACAAGAGUCAGAGUGGUUGAAUUGGCUUAACUCUAAGCAAAACGAGUCAGUACUUUAUGUGAGUUUUGGAAGCCUAACUAGGCUCCCUCAUGCUCAGAUUGUUGAAAUUGCUCAUGGGCUUGAAAAUUCUGGUCAUAAUUUCAUCUGGGUCAUUAGGAAAAAAGAUGGAGAUGAAGAUGGACACAAUUUCCUUAGAGAAUUUGAGCAAAGGAUUAAAGAAAGCAACAAGGGUUUUAUCAUAUGGAAUUGGGCGCCACAGCUGUUGAUAUUGGAUCACCCUGCCGUAGGAGGAAUUGUGACUCAUUGUGGUUGGAACUCUAUUCUUGAAAGCUUGAAUGCUGGAUUGCCAAUGAUCACAUGGCCUAUGUUUGCUGAGCAAUUUUACAAUGAGAAGUUGCUAGUUGAUGUGUUGAAGAUGGGAGUUCCAGUGGGAGCCAACGAAAACAAGCUUUGGAUGAGAUUGGGAGAUGAGGCAAUGAUUAGAAGGGAAGAGAUAGUUAAGGCUGUUGCGAUUUUGAUGGACAGUAGCCAAGAGAGCAAAGAAAUGAGAAGGAGAGCUAGAAUGCUUGGUGAUGCUGCCAAGAGGACUAUUGAGAAGGGUGGAUCCUCUUACAACAACUUGAUGCAGCUGUUAGAUGAGCUAAAAUCAUUGAAGAGAUCGAGAGCACUUGAAAAAACUAAUUAGAUAAUUUAAAUGGAAGAGUGAUCAUGGUCCUUUGGGAGGUGGAGCUGAUUAAGGUUUUAAAUAAGAUGAAAUAGCAACCCUGUAUGUUUUUCUUCCAGCUAAACUUUUAGUUCAGCUAGCUAGUAACUUGUGCACUGUC